CAAGUAAGGUUCGUUUGUCGGUCGUUAGUGGAUACUGGUUAAAAAGCCGAGUGAGAAGUUGGGAACACGUUUUGAGCUUUUCACUGGAAAAUGAGUAGAAGAAAGAAAACACAGCAGGUUGACCAGCCUGAGGAAGAGAUGCAGAUUGCACCUGAAGAUGGCGAUGCUUCAGAUGCAGGUUCAGAUUUGUUGAAAACAGAAAAGCAAAUUUCCCCAACUGCACAGUCGGACAAUGCUGAAAGUGGUGGCAGCUCGGGGACUUCAGCCUCUGCAGCGCCUACGGUCAAAGGCCAAAAGGAAGAUGAAGGUGAACAGGAUUCGGAACAAGAUGAUCCGACAGGCUUAGAAGGUGCGGCAUUCCAGAGUAGACUGCCAUAUGAUAAAAUGACAGCUGCAGAAGCUUCGUGCUUUCCCGAUAUAGUCAACGACAAACAAUGCCCAGUUAAAAGUUUUCUAUAUAUAAGAAACCGAAUGCUUCAACUCUGGCUAGAAAAUCCAACGCAGCAGUUGUUACUUGAAAAUGCCAUACCUUUUAUUGAAGCACCGUACAGCAGUGACGUUUCCCUUAUAGAAAGGGUUCAUGCAUUUUUAGAAAGGCAUGGCUUUAUCAAUUUUGGAGUAUUUAAAAGACUUAAGCCAUUACCUACAAAGAAGCAAGGACGGGUCAUAGUAAUCGGCGCUGGAAUCGCUGGACUUGCAGCUGCUCAACAGAUGCAGCAAUUUGGAAUGGAUGUUAUUGUUCUGGAAGCAAGGGAUCGGGUUGGAGGGAGAAUUGCUACUUUUCGUAAAGGGCCGUACAUUGCUGAUCUUGGUGCCAUGGUCGUUACUGGACUUGGUGGAAAUCCUGUAAACGUCCUGUCCAAACAGAUACCCAUGGAGCUGCAGAAAAUAGGCCAGAAGUGUCCCCUUUAUGAUUCAAGUGGGAAAACGUUCGUUUCUCUCAAUCAGGUACCAAAAGAAAAAGAUGAAAUGGUGGAGAGAGAGUUUAAUAGACUUUUAGAAGCAACCAGUUACCUGUCACAUAUGCUCGAUUUUAAUUAUACAGGUGGUAAGCCUGUUUCAUUAGGGCAAGCUCUUGAAUGGGUGAUCAAACUUCAGGAAAAAUAUGUCAAAGAACGUCAAAUAUCACAUUAUAAGGCUGUUGUAAACUUAUUAGAAAAAUUAAAAGUUAACCAACAAAGGAUGAUAGAUACACGAGAAAUCAUAAAUAAAUUGCACCGCCAAUACAAGUCAAUGCAAGAAAACAAGGGACCUAGAAAUAUUGCACAUGAAUAUAGUGUCAGAAGCAAGUUUAGAGAGUGGAAUGCAAAAGUUGAGGAAUAUGACCAGUUAAAUAAGCAACAGUUAGAGAUAGAAGCGAAAAUAGAAGAACUAGAAAGUCAACCUCCAAGUGAUGUUUAUUUAUCCUGUCAAGACAGGCAAUUCUUAGAUUGGCAUUUCGCUAAUUUGGAAUUUGCAAAUGCAACCCCGCUUAAUAAUCUUUCGCUGAAGCAUUGGGAUCAAGAUGACGAUUUCGAAUUCACUGGUAGCCAUUUAACAGGUAUUCAAACUUACUUAAUUUAUUAUGAUGAAUCUGGUCUAAAAUCAAGCAAAAUGUAUAUCGUACUAAUUAUAUAUUGUUAUUUACAUUUUUCAUCAUGCCCAGUUGUAAGUAUGGGCAUUUUUUUUCUCUUUUGACUAUUUUUAUUAAUGAUUUUAUUUUAUGUAAGUUGUCA